AUGACCGUCCUGAGUUUUAACACUUUGACAAGGUCGGAUAUACCCACUGAAGUUAAUGUUCCUCUACACGAUCUUAUCAAGCCUCACAUAGACUCUUUUAACUUUAUGAUAAAUUCCGGUCUUCCAUCUGCUGUUAACAAUCUCCAUUCUGUAGAAGCCGUUGAUGGCAGUGGAAAGAUAUACACAUUAAAAUUUUCAGAUCCUAAGCUUGGUUUCCCUGUAUCUACACUAACUCAUCAACAAUUAUUACCGACACAUUGUCGCGAACAACUCAUUUCUUAUAAGGCUCCCCUACAAAUUAAACUUGACUGUACAGUUGAUGAUAAUACCUACUCGAAAACUUUCACUAUAGGAAAUAUUCCAGUUAUGGUUAAGUCUGACCGUUGUAAUAUUCGCGACAAGUCCAUUCCAGCAUUAAUUAAAGUUGGAGAGGAACCCACCGAAUUUGGCGGUUACUUUAUUAUAAAUGGAAUCGAAAAAGUUGUACGCUUAUUAAUUGCGCCAAGAAGAAAUUAUCCAAUGUCCAUAAGUCGUUUUUCUUUCAAGAAAAAAGGAACUUUUUUUACAAAACUAGCUGUGCAAAUUCGUUGCGUUCGAAGCGAUGCUUCUGCAGUAACUGUUACUUUGCAUUACCUUCUUGAUGGUACUUGCGUCUUUCGUUUUCACUACAUGAAAGGUGAAUAUUUGGUGCCUUGUGUCCUUAUUUUAAAGGCGCUGAAGAAUGCAACGGAUAAAGAAAUUUACUACCGUGCGAAUCCAGAAAACGCAGACAGCUUUAUUGGUGAUCGACUGGAAGGAAUGUUGAGAGAUUGCUUGAACAAAGGAAUUUAUACGCAGGAACACGCUCUUACUUAUUUAGGUAAAAAGUUUAGAGUAGUUACUAAUUUGUCGACUCGCUAUUCCGAUCUUGACGUGGGCCGAUUUCUUAUUGACGAAGUUGUUUUUGUACAUCUUUCCAAACCUUCUCAGAAGUUUGAUCUUUUGAUUAACAUGAUUCAAAAGCUGUACGGGACUGCCCAAGGAGGUUGUUCAUUGGACAACCUUGACCAGCCAAUGAUGCAGGAAGUCCUUCUUCCCGGCCACUUGUACUUGGCCGUUCUGAAGGAGAAGCUCCAGGAUUGGCUGCACGGCGUCAAACAGGUCAUUGAAGCGGACGCCCGCCGCGAUGCCCUUCUGAUCGAUUUCUCGCGCGAUUCUUACUUCACUCGCUGCAUCAAACUUUGUCCCGUCUCAGUGGAGGGCCGCCUCGACAACUUCCUUGCUACCGGAAACAUCAAAUCGCGCUCCGGACUUGAUCUGCAGCAGACUUCUGGAUUUGUGUUGAAGGCCGAUAAGCUGAACUUCUACCGCUAUCUGUCUCACUUUCGGAGCGUUCAUCGCGGCUCCUUUUUCAGCGAUAUGCGAACGACGUCUGUUAGGAAACUCCUGCCCGAAGCUUGGGGGUUUCUUUGUCCUGUCCAUACUCCGGACGGCGCGCCCUGUGGUCUGUUGAACCAUUUGAGCCACACGUGCCAGAUUGUUGUUUAUGCGGAGGACACUGCAAGUAUUCCUGCAUUGGCUGUUUCCUUUGGAAUGCUCUCGAGCAGCUCGACCUUCUGUCCUGCCUCCUAUUUGUCCGUUAACCUUGAUGGCUGCAUUAUUGGUUAUAUAGACUCGUCGCGUGCGGCGGAAUUUUGUCGCAGUUUGCGGUAUUUAAAAGUCGCGAGGGCUGGAAAUGUACCUGCAAGUCUAGAGAUCACUCACAUUGAAAAGACCCUGGGCGGACUCUUUCCUGGGGUGUAUUUGUUUGCCAGCCCCUCGCGCAUGGUCCGACCUGUCAUUCACUUGGAAUCCUCCGCAGUCGAACUUAUUGGCACGUUUGAACAAGUCUUCUUGAAUAUUGCCGUUUGCGCUGAAGAAAGGUAUGAGGCGACCACACACAUGGAGCAAAGCCCCGGCAAUAUCCUCUCGGUUGUUGCCCACCUGACUCCGUUCAGCGACUUGAACCAAUCGCCGCGCAACAUGUACCAAUGUCAGAUGGCCAAGCAGACUAUGGGCACCCCACUCACUGCUUAUCCGCACCGCACAGACAAUAGCAUUUAUCGCUUGUACACCCCUCAGGUGCCCCUCGUUAGGUCGGUGCUGUACGAUUAUUACGGCCUGGACAGCUACCCGUUAGGCACCAACGCUAUUGUGGCCGUCAUUUCCUAUACCGGUUACGAUAUGGAGGACGCUAUGAUUCUAAACAAGGCCUCUGUAGAAAGAGGGCUCGCGCAUGGAGCUGUGUACAAGUCCAAGCUGGUAGAUCUAGCCUCUAGACAACACCUCCAAUCUAAACACUUUGGCACACUCCCCAGCGACCUUCACGCUCUCCGCGGAAAAGUCGAUGCCGAUGGGCUUCCCAUCGUUGGCGCGAGGGUUUCUUAUGGGGACCCUCUAUAUUGCACUGUGGACACAGACACCAACAUCUCGAGGAUUGAGCGUUACAAAGACUCAGAGCCCGCCGUGAUCGACCAGGUCCGGUUGCUCCUCAACCACCCCUCUAACCUUCCCUGCAGGAGGCUUCACUUGAAGCUCCGGAUAAAUCGCAAGCCCGUCGUUGGUGACAAAUUUUCCUCUCGCCACGGUCAGAAGGGUGUGUGCAGUAAGCUUUGGAGUGAGGAGGACAUGCCAUUUUCAGAAAGCGGUUUCUCGCCAGACUUGAUAAUCAACCCGCACGCCUUUCCGUCCCGCAUGACGAUUGGCAUGCUUAUUGAGAGUAUGGCCGGGAAAAGCGGUGCAUUGCAUGGUCUCUGCUUAGACUCGACCCCCUUUACCUUCAGCGAGAAGGAAACGGCGUACGACUAUUUUGGACAGCAGUUGGUCCAGGCCGGUUAUAACUAUUACGGAAGUGAGCGUUUGUACAGCGGCAUUAAUGGUACAGAGCUGGAGGUAGACAUUUUCAUGGGCGUUGUGUACUACCAGAGACUGCGCCACAUGGUUUCCGAUAAGUUCCAAGUACGAACCACAGGGCCCAUCGACCCCACUACCCACCAACCAGUGAAAGGUAGACGCCGGAAAGGGGGUAUCCGACUGGGUGAAAUGGAGCGUGAUUCCCUUCUUGCGCACGGCGUUUCAUUUUUGCUUCAGGACCGGCUUUUCAACUGUUCGGACGCCUCUACCAGCUACAUCUGUACGCUGUGCGGUAGUCUCUUAUCGCCUUUCCUUGAAAAGCCUUCGGCUAUUUCUAAGAAGCGCCGGAGCGUGUGCAUAAUUUGCAACACCUCGGCCGGCAUCGAAGUUGUGGCAGUCCCUUAUGUUUUUAAAUAUCUUGUUUCGGAGCUGGCAGCCAUGAAUAUAAAACUAGAAAUCAAACUCAAGUGAUUUUACUAUAUAAUUUAUGACCUUAUUUAAAUGUCAGCUUUUAAAAAACGAAUUUUUUUAUUAAAAAUAAAGUAGAGCUCUUGCAUUA